UUAAUAUCUUCAAUGUUUCAGGGGGUAUGCCUGCUCAUGGAAUGUUCAAAUUAGAUUCUGAUCAGGAAAUUUCCGUGUCAUGUGAAGAACCUUCGCCCAAGCGACUGUGUUUAGAUACAGAUGGACAAACUUACAUACUAACCAUCCCUGAUGGUACUGAAACUCUUGCCAGUGCACAGUCUGGUCUUCUAGCAGCAUCACAGGUUGUAAAUGGACAAGGAUUGUCUGAUAUGUCCUCUAAUGAAAAUGAUGUUAAUCAAGCCUGGUUCACCAGCAGACAGGACAAAACUAGUCUUCAAAGUAAAGGUAGAUAUAAUUCAAGUCACAUAUGGAAACAAGGAAUGUGGUCAAAGGAUGAGGUGGAGAUUCUAGAAAGUAAUAUUAGACACUAUUGUGAACAAAACAGCAUAACUGAUCCUGCCACAGUGAUCUUUGAGAUGAGUAAAGAUGAACGGAAAGAUUUCUACCGGACUAUCGCCAAGGGCUUGAACCGUCCAUUAUUUUCGGUGUACAGACGUGUCCUCCGAAUGUAUGACUUGAAAAAUCAUGUUGGAAAAUACACUCCAGAGGAGUUGGAGCAACUGAAGCAAUUACGAAAAGUUCAUGGCAACGACUGGCAAACUAUUGGGGUAUUAAUGGGACGUAGCGCUUCAUCUAUUAAGGAUCGGUGUCGUCUAAUGAAGGACAACUGCAAUCAAGGUAAUAACAAUAUCUUUCUGUUAUAUAACUUAAAAGCAUUAGAAUAUAUCACACUUUAGAAAUAUAACCUUGUUUUGAAGAAUACAUCCUUUAAUUAAAACUGAUAUCACUAAUAGAAGAUCUGUUGAGAAGAAUUUAGAGAACCUUGACUUACUCAAACCUGUUGGUAACUAGAUGUCAGUGAGUACUUUAUGGUGUCCAUCAGACCUGUUGGUAACUAGAUGUCAG